AGACAAUAUAUAUAAAGUGAAGUACAAGUGAUUUAUAAGUUCCCCAACAUUGCCAUCAAUUAUGAUCAAUCAUUUAAUGCAAACAUUAUUCUUAGUGUCGAUAUAUAUCAAUGGCCCGAAUAUAGCAUUCUGUGUGCCUUCAUAUCAAGACAUUCAGUUGGCUUUCGAUGGCUUAACAAAUCCAAUCAAUUAUAAGAGUUGGAUCCGACCGCCCGUCGCAACCCUACGACCCGACGGCACUGUUGACACUUCACCAGACAUUACCGCCCCUCUAUUCGUGAACGUUAGCAUUGAUUUAUACAAUUACGCCACUGUCGAUGAGAUAACCUCGGAAUACACUUUCCAUUUGUUCAUUGACUUGGAAUGGUUUGAUCCGAGGCUUAGGUUUUCCAUUCAAAACAAACACAACACCAGAAACAAAGACGAGGCCAUCAUUGAAGGCGGACAGUAUCACAUCCAACGUAUUUGGUAUCCAUCCGUGUUUAUACCCAAUAAUCAAGACCCGGGAUCUUUUGAUUAUGACAGUCAAAGCGCUAAUUUGCUUAAAAUCAGAUCAAAUGGAUUGGUAUGGCUUCGGAAACGAAAAUUACUUCGCGUUUACUGUAAUAUGGAUUUCCAUUUGUUUCCAUUCGACCAACAAAUCUGUUCACUACAUCUCGAGAGCAGUAUUUCGACGACAACUAUACUAAAACUCCGUUGGAAUUCAAUGAAAUCGUUCAGUAAAUCCGAUAGUUUUCAUACAAUUGGCUUUGGUUUAGAAGAUUACGAGACCAGUGUUGGCGAACAGACUUAUAGCAAAAACAAUACUUUCAGCAGAGUUAGCUUGAAGUUUACCCUGGUCAGAGAGUGGGCACACUAUAUGUUCCUGUUUUAUUUGCCCACCGGUAUAAUCGUGAUCGCCUCGUGGGCCACGUUUUGGCUGGAAAUCACUUCACCGCCCGCUCGGGUCAGUAUCGGUGUGACCACAAUGUUAGCACUGGUCACCACUUUUACCACAACUAAAUCACAUUUACCACAAGUUUCCUAUUGGAAUGCAUUAGACAUAUGGAAUAUGGUCUGCAUCGUGUUUAUAUUUGGCUCAUUGGUUGAGUUCGCGUGCGUUAACUAUAUAUUCAAUACCGAGAAGAGAAAGAAGAAGAAUAAGAAGUUGAAGCGAAAGAGACAACAAAGCGUUUUGAAAGCAAACGAAAUAAAGGCAAACAAUCAGUCGAUGAAAGCGUCGUCGAGGCCUCAGUUGGAGACAAUAUAUUCGCAAACAAUUAACACAUUCUCACAGCUCAACAAAGAUUUCUCCGAUUUGACGAUCCGUCGCAAGAAUACCGUCAACUCUCCCGACGAAGAGCUCCGAAAGACACCGGCGCUCGACUCAAAGCCGAGACUAUCGUUGGUUGGCAUCGAUAUUAGGAGACAAAUGACUGAUAAUAAAGAGGAAUUCAAUCGCAAUAAUAGUCCCGUCAGAAAGAUAUCUCUGCGACCGCGGACUCAAUCGGCGGUUCAGAUCGUGGAUAGCGUUUGCUAUAAACUGUCGCCACAAGAGUUGGCCAACGAGAUUGACUGCAAGUGUCGGCGCGUAUUUCCCAUUUGUUUUGUGUUAUUUAAUUUGCUUUAUUGGACUAUUUUGCAGAUCAGGUUCUGA